GCUUUCCUCUCCGGGCGUAUUUAGACCCGUUCCUACCGACCGCGUAGGGUUUUUCCCACUCGACACCGGUGGCGCCGCUCCCUCCCACCGCCCUCCAAGAAACAAACCCCGGUCGUCGGCGAAAAUGGUGAAGGGCAGGCAAGGCGAGCGCGUGAGGCUCUACGUUCGGGGAACGAUACUGGGAUACAAGAGAUCGAAAUCGAACCAGUAUGAGAACACGUCGUUGAUCCAGAUCGAGGGGGUGAACACCAAGGAGGAGGUCGCCUGGUACUGCGGCAAGAGAAUGGCGUAUAUUUACAAGGCCAAGACCAAGUCGGACGGGAGCCGGUACCGGUGCAUCUGGGGCAAGGUCACUCGCCCCCACGGGAACAGCGGUGUUGUUCGUGCCAAGUUUAAGUCCAACCUUCCGCCUAAAUCCAUGGGUGGGAAGGUUAGAGUUUUCAUGUACCCGAGCAACAUAUAAGGUGUAUUGCAGUUGCGUAAUUUAAGGAGGCUGAAUUGUAGCUGAGUUUGUGGCAUUGUGACUUUAAUGUUUCUAUUAGUUGUUUCAAAAGUUUUGAUUCUAUGUUUAUGUCAUUUUUUGACGUUUGGACAUCUAUGACAUUUUGAUUGUGCCAGCUAAUCGUUGAGUAUUUCUGCAAUCUCCUCCUAAUUAACGAAGGAGAAUAUUAAUUUGCGUCAUCAAUGCCAUUAUAAUUGCAUUGGUUGAACUU